AUGGCGCCACAACGUUCCGGAAUCGUGGUCGGCCUGAACAAGGGUCACAAAACGACCCCCCUUAACACGCCCAAGACCAGGAUCAGCCGCACCAAGGGCCAGUCCUCUCGCCGUACCGCUUUCGUCCGCGAAAUCGCUCGCGAGGUCGUCGGUCUUGCUCCCUAUGAGCGCCGCAUUAUUGAACUGCUGAGAAACGCUCAGGAUAAGCGGGCCAGGAAGCUUGCCAAGAAGAGGCUCGGUACCUUCUCUCGCGGCAAGAAGAAGGUCGAGGACAUGCAGGGUGUUAUCGCUGAGGCCAGGCGUCUGGGUCACUAG